AGACCCAUACCGCCAUUCCGUUCGUUGCAACUCUUGUUUUCCCUCCAUAAUCACCGACCUGAUUGAAAGAAGAGGACCGCCAAUCCGGGUGCGUUUCACCAACGUCCUAUACAACGAGAUCGGGAAUUCAAGAGGUAACAAACCAAAGAUGAUUGGUGUAGAAUAUGACAAUGCUGUGAUUUACCAAUAAAGAGUUAUGAACCUAAAAUAAAACCGUUCUAUCAAGCAUUCAAUAAAGUUAAACAUUCUCUUCACAUCUCAAGUAUGAAAAGCUUUUUAAGAGUUGGAUUAAUGCUUUUUCUAAGUGCUGAAUAUUACUUCUGUGCUUCUGAAAAAUAUGAGAACACGACAAGUAGAGUAAUUGAACGCAGAAUGAUUGGAGGAAAAAAUGCAGAAAAAGAAGAAUAUCCAUUUCUGGUAGCAAUAUUUAAACAAGGAAGUUUUUUUGGUGCUUUUUCUUUAAUCACAAGAAAUACUUUAAUAGGAGCAGCGCACGUUGUAGAAAAUUACAAAGUCAAAGAUUAUUACGGAAGAAUAGGAGACGUUAACAAAAACGCGGGGAAGAAAGUGAUGUUUCGGAGAAGAAUUAAACACCCACAUUAUGAUUCAGAAACACUUCACAAUGAUAUUGCACUGCUGAUUCUCGCACACCGUAUUAACAAGAUAUCUCCGAUCGCCUUAGUUGGAAAAGACUUAACAUUUACUGAAGGUGACGCCACGUUGGUCGGUUGGGGAGAUAUUGGUUUCAAAAAAAAUGAUAAAACAGACCUUCUUCAAGUAGCGAAAGUAAACUUAGUAGAACCAAAAUACGUGGCUCGUAAAUUCCACUACAAAUUAACUAACAAAGAAAUUACAACAGUGUCAUCUAGAGUAAUAGGCAUGAAAGGAGAUUCUGGCUCACCACUGAUCAUGAGAGAUGCGUUAAAAAGACCAGUGCUUAUUGGCAUUUUGUCUUACGGCGAAAAUAAUACUGGAAAACCAGAUGUUUACAUGUCAAUCAGUGUUCACCAUGAUUUUAUAAAAACUCACAUCGUCGGACGUCCCACAUACCUAGACGUAAAAAAUUGAAAUAUGAAAAUAUCAUGGUAAAUUUUUCAUUUCAGAAAAUAUAAAAUCUAAUUCUAUUCGCAAAUAGCUCGUAUUUAAACAAUAUUUAACAGUGAAUAUAUUUUAUUUCCAUGGCUGUAUCACUUUAACCGGUUUUUGUAUUAAAUAAUGUUAUCUAUUUAUUUAUUGUA